AUGGAAGAAAUCAAGAAUUUACUUUACCCCCUGAGCCCGCCAUGCCGUGUGCGCACACGGCCAAUGGAAGUGCUAUGUGUCGGUCCUUCUCGGAGUGGCACCUGGUCUCUGCGAACCGCCUUGAUACAUCUCGGAUAUGUGCACACAUACCAUGGAUAUGACGUUGUUAUGAAUCCGCCGGACGAUAAAGCAUGGUAUCUCCUUCAUCGUCAAAGACUGAGGCACAAUGAAACUCAACUCAAUACAACACAACUCUCCAUAACUGCCGCAGAUUUUGACCGAGUGAUCGGCCACUGCGCUGCCAUUACUGAUCAUGCCGCGGCAGUUUUCGCACCAGAGCUUAUCGCAGCGUAUCCCAAAGCAAAAGUUAUCCUGAACACACGCCGGGAUGUUCAAGCAUGGCAUAGAAGCGUCAUGAACACAAUCAUCGUGCACUCGAGAGACUGGACAUUCUGGCUGAAAAGCUUCUUCCACGCCGAGCUAUUCUGGGCCCAGCAAGGGUAUUAUCGAGGUACCCUGAACUGGUUUUACCGAGGAGAUUUUCAACGAAAUUCCAUCGAUGUUUUGAUGAAGCAUCGUGAACAGGUGCGAAGUCUCGUGCCAAAAGACCAGCUGCUGGAAUGGGAUGUUGAAGACGGAUGGGAACCACUGUGCAAGUUCCUCGGUAAGGAAGUACCGGACAUCCCUUUUCCAAUAACCAACGACUCUAGCUCGUUCUUUAAGAAGUGUGAUGAGUACUAUGAGGCGCAGGUUUGGAAGGCCACUCGAAACAUGUACAUCUUCUUCGCCUUCCUGCUCUGCAUGGUCAUUCUAUAUGUCGUCCUCCCGUGGCAAAAGUGA